CUUUUAUAAAUUAUAUAAUAUGAAAAAGAAAAUGCUGAAGAUGCACAGACACAAAUUGUUAUAUGAGGAUGUAUUGAAACAAGUGGAGAAGGAGGACGUGGCAUUUUUUAGUAAAUGCACAAAGUUCAGAGACCAAGCACCUCAUCCAAUCACUUUGGAUAGGGCUCUUCAAUUCUUGUGGUUGAAGGAGAAGAAGAUUGAUAGAAAGGUAGCUUUGCAAUUUGGGUAGAGGAGAGUGUGUAAAAUAGACUCUACUUUGAAACAUGAUGGACCAUCAAGCGCUCGUAUUAUUAAGACGUCGAGGAUUAAUUAAGGGGUGAUUAAUGGUUGGCAUAAUGGUUCUGGAGAUUCUAAAUUCGAUUUGGGUGCAUAGUAUAACCCAAAAAAACUGGAAAGAAAUGAUGAAGAAAUUGAGUAUGAAGAAUUACUAAAGUAAGAUCAACAGAGUCCCAGUGAAUACAAGAUGAAACUUAAUCAUUUAGAUCUGUACAAUAAUGAGAUAAAUGAGAAAUACGCAUUCAGUAAUUUGGAAACAGUACAAUUGUUUUAAAAAUUAAAUGAAUUGAAACAAAUUAAUAGGUAAAGGAGUGAAUAGCCUCAAGAGUAUGUAGAACUGGAAGGAUAAAGGUUUUAUCAUGUCUUAAGUGAUCUGCAGGAUUAUUUGGAUAAAAAGGUAGACAAAAAGACAUUGAUACAUGAAAUGAGGGCAUUCUAGGCAUUCUAUCCAAUAAGAAGAAAACUGUAAGUUAAAUAAUUAAAUCCAGGGGAUUCUCUAUGUUAAGGAACUGAAUCAUAAACAGAUAUCACAUAGAAAGCGACCUAUAGAUUAUUUGAUAGGGCUAGAACAUUGGCAAACAUGAAAUGCGAAGUUUUUAAUACUAAUAACUAUGUGUUUAAUGUUAAGGAAGUCCCUAACUUUGGGUAGCAAUUGAGGAGAAAUCACUUUUCAUAAUUGAUAGAAGAGUUAAGAGAGAAUGGGUUGAAAACCCCUAGAGAAAUAAAUGAGGUUUCUCCAGAAAAUUCUAUUAAGGCCUCUCAAGUGGAAUCCAGUGAGAACGAUGUGAAACCGAUAAGGAAGUUUUAUUUGAAGUUACCAAAACAAAAAGGGGAAUUGAGUCAAACCACUUCUUGUACAAAAAGUCUAAGGAUUGGAACUUUGUAAUCGCAGAUAUCACAUUAAUAUCAAUAACAACCUCUCAAGGCUUUUAUCAGUAACUUGCAUGGAAGCAGCACAGAAAUACGAUUAGAUAAUGGUGGGAAGUUUAAGAAUAGAUUGGAUUCCAGAAUUGAUAAGUAUGUAAAACAGUAUUUGAAGAAGUAAAAUGUUAUUUAACAAAAUUAAAAUGUUGAUAUGACAAUAUUAAGGGAAAAAUAUAAGUCUUUGAAAUCUGAAAGGGAGAAGGAAAUUACAAGGAUGUAUAAAAGUUAGUAAAUUGAUGGAAUUAAUAAUAAAACCGUGCAUUUAAUAGUAAAUUGA